AUGUCGCAAGGGUUAACUGAAAGUAAUGAAAAUUAUGUUUUUUAUGACGAAGAACGUAAUAAACAGUUUGAAGAAAAUGAAAGACAGAAAGAAACACUUAAUGACGAAGCAGAGAGAGAGAAAGAAACAGAAAAUGUUGAUGUUGAAGAUGUAGAAGAGAGAGAGGAAGAAACAGGAAAUGCUGAAGAGGAAGAUGAAGAUGCAGAGAGAGAGGAAGAAACGGAAAAUACUGAGGAGGAAGAUGAAGAGCAGGAAAGUGGUGACACAGGCGAUGAUGAGAGUGAUGAAUAUUCUGCAAGUGAAGUUGUAUCGGAUAUAGAUAAUGAUGUUUCAGAGGAAGAGGAAGAUGCACAGGAUAAUAGUGUCAAUGAAUGGGAUGCUGUCACAGAUUUGACACCUGAGUUGGAUGCGUGUACUUUAAAUGAAAGCACCUUUAAUAUUCCUAUAGAAGAUAUAUCUCCUGCAGGUAUUUUUUCCUUAUUUGUAACUGAUGAAAUAAUAGAUAAAAUGGUUACAGAAAGUAAUAAAUAUGCGUUAAAACACAUCGCAGAAAAGCAAAAUAAUAACGAAAUAAAAACAAAAUCUGGGUUAUUAUCAUGGAAAGCUACGAAUAAUAUAGAAAUGCGGAAGUUUCUAGGGGUACUACUCGCAAUGGGUCUGAACAAAGUGUCUCAUAUAAAUGACUAUUGGUCAAAAAAAUCAAUAUAUCGAAACGAAUAUAUUGUAUCUGUAAUGACUCGGGAUAGAUUUCUGCUAUUACUGAAAUUCUGGCAUUUUUGUGAUGAUUCGUCAGCCAUCCACAAUACAAAUAAGUUGAAGAAAAUUCAUGAUUUGGCUAAUAUGCUCAACAGCAGAUUCCAAGAAGUAUUAACGCCAGGGCUGGAGAACAAAUGUCGUGUAGUAAUUGCAGACAAUUUCUACUCUUCAAUUGAAUUGGCGGAAGAACUCUUAUCUCAAAAAACCCGUUAUUGCGGUACCCUAAAUUCGAAGCGAAGGGGGCUACCUAAGGAGAUAGUGUUACUAAAGUUGAAGAAGGGUGAAAUCAAAGGAGCUAUGAAUAAAAAUGGCGUUAAAGUUAUUAAAUGGGUUGACAAAAGGCAACUUCUAAUGAUAUCUACUCUCAAAGAGGACAAAGAUGUGCUUGUCAACACUGGCAAAAAAAUAGGAAGACGAAUGAAGAUAUAA